AUGCCGUCGACGCCACGAGGCACUGCAGGUGCAGUGCCAUCCACGCCACGAGGUGCAGUGCCCUCGACUCCAAGAGGCCGGACAGCUCCAUCAGGUUCAUCCAGAGGCGGUAAUGCUGCCCUCGCAGCGCUCCCUGCGCCUGGGCCCAUGACCCGAAAGACCUUUGCUCCCGCAGUGCCAGGACUCACGAGCCCGGAGGUUCAGCCACCGGUGAGGUGUGGCUGCAAGACCUGCGACAAGUUCGUGCAGCGCUGGUAUAUCCACAACAAGUUCGGCUGCUUCGUUGCUCGCUGUGAUCGCAUUUUCCCCCACGGCGCCAAGACAAGGGCCAGCUACCACUUCUGGUAUUCUCUGAAUGGCAAAGACUGGAGAGCGACGACCAGCUUAACCUUUGAGAUGCGGAAGCUGAUGAGGAAAGAGCCUGUCAAGCAGAAUCCCCGGCAGGCGAGGAAGUUUGGCCUUGCGCGAACUCGAACCCGAACCCUCAAAGUGCUCGACGUUCCGCUCGCAGAGAUCGCGGAGGACAUAAAGAUCACAAAGCGAGAUCGCCUGGAGCUAGCAACGAAUUUGAUGAAAGACUUCUGGGAGGCUGCAGGAUCCACGAUCGAGAAGUAUCUCUCGGAGCAUGGAAGGAAGCCGAAAAAGUGGAAGAAAAACGUUGCCCGCCUCCGGACGGAGAUGAAGAGUCGCCUGCAAGAGCAGGUCAAGAAGAAGGGGCUCCUCUAUCCCAAGCUGCUGAAGCAUGAGGAAUCGGCGUGA